AUGCUGGAAUUCCUUCAAAUCGCCUUGCCUUAUCUCCCAUUCUUUCUCCUAUUGCCAACGAUUCUCACCUCUACCCUCUUACUCUUUCUCAUUGCUUUCGGAGCUCCGAAAUUCAUGAAAAUCUACUCUGUCAUACUCGCUGUUUACAUCAUCGCCAAUUUGCUCACUGCCACCACUUUUGCUAUUAUUCAACCAAGACUGUACCUCUACAAUGACGGCCAUCUCUUCUCCACUCGUUUAUCCCUUUCUGGAUCGAUUCUCUUCGCACUUCCCAUUCAUUUACUUCACUUUACAAUACUUAUUCUUCUCUACAUUUUAUUUGUCCGUUUUCUUGCUCUCCGAGGAGUUCUAAUCAAUCAACGAGCGGCUCUGAUCUCUGUUUUCGCCUUAUACUUCACUGUCCCCAUUGGAUUGUUGCUUGCUGUCAGCAGUGUGGACACAGCGUCGAUUGAAGUUGAAGGAAAAACCCUGAAUCUAUUUGUGAUGGAUAGCUUUUGGGAUUGUCUCUUCACAGAAGCUUCCAUUUUUCUCCCGAUCUUCUGGGCCGUCGUAUCGAUUAUUCUCAAUUUCUCGGCGAAUUCCAUCGUUUUCUCAAGAGAGAUCUCUCUCGGAUAUGUUCAUCGAGUGCUUAUUUGCAAGAAAAUGGCUGAGUCAAUCAUGUAUCAAAUCCUCAUCGUCUCAUUGUGUAUUUCGGGGAGUGGAUGGAUUCCCACUCCAUUUUGUUUUCACUAUUCGUCCAUUUCA